AUUUUUUUUAUUAAAUAAAAAGAAAUGAGAAAAAAGAAAUGGCUUAUGAAGAGAGAAGAGAAGAGAGAGUGUCUUCUUAAUAAAAAUCUUUGUCCGCCAUCUCCCGCGAUUGUCGCAAAACUGAGGUGAAAGAAUGGAAAGUAGGAGAGAGAAAGUAACCACCCAAACUCAAAGCCACCAUUUCCAUUUCAUUUUCCUUCACUGCUAGAGCUAUGUUUGGCUUAUCUUACUUAUGGUGCUACUACUAAUACUAUGUAUAAAGCCCACGUUCAAUACCCAUUUCCCCAUUUCUCUCUCAUCCUAUAAUCUUGGUCAGCCACUCACUCAAUUCACCCCCUUUUAGCUCGCAUCCUCCCCUGGAUCGGGUCGGGUUGUGGCUUAGGAUCAAUGGGGUGCGUCAGCUCCAAGCAGGCGGUGUCUGUCACGCCUGCCAUAGACCACUCGGGUGCUUUAAGGGGCAAUGCCGGGAAUUCGGGCCGGAGCCGGGUUGGGGCUGGGGAGCUUGAGAAGAAAAAUAGUACGGCAGCGGCGGUGGGGGGAAAGAGGACGAAGAAAAAGAGUGGGGGAAGUGAGUUGGUGGGACUGAGUGGGAGCGAGUUGGGUGAGUCUGGGAGAGCGAGUUCAAACGGUGGUGGUGGGUGUGGGAGUGUUGAGUCUUUGAGCUUUAGAUUGGGAAACCUUCAAAAGUACGUGGAAGGAGAACAGGUUGCUGCUGGUUGGCCGGCUUGGCUCAGCGCCGUCGCCGGGGAAGCUAUUCAUGGUUGGGUACCUCUCCGAGCCGAUUCAUACGAGAAACUAGAGAAGAUUGGACAGGGUACAUACAGUACUGUAUUUCGAGCAAGAGACCUUGAAACUGGGAAGAUAGUUGCUUUAAAGAAGGUGCGGUUUGAUAAUUUUGAACCUGAGAGUGUAAGGUUCAUGGCACGAGAAAUCACUAUUCUUCGCAGGCUUGACCAUCCAAAUGUCAUUAAAUUGGAGGGCUUAAUUACUUCUCGACUAUCAUGUAGCUUGUACCUUGUGUUUGAGUACAUGGAACAUGAUAUUACUGGACUCUUAUCUUGCCCUGACAUCAAGUUCAACGAGUCACAGAUUAAAUGCUACAUGAAGCAGUUAUUAUCUGGGAUUGAACAUUGUCACUCGAGGGGUGUAAUGCAUCGAGAUAUAAAAGGAUCAAAUCUUCUAGUGGGGAAUGAUGGAAUUUUAAAGGUGGCGGAUUUUGGAUUGGCCAACUUCUGCAAUUAUGGGCAUAGACAACCAUUAACUAGCCGUGUUGUCACUUUAUGGUACCGUCCACCGGAGCUUUUGCUGGGGUCAACAGAUUAUGGAGCUGCAGUGGACCUCUGGAGUGUUGGGUGUGUUUUUGCAGAACUACUCAUGGGAAAACCUAUUCUUCAAGGAAGAACAGAGGUUGAACAAUUACACAAGAUCUUCAAGCUUUGUGGUUCCCCACCAGAUGAAUACUGGAAAAAAUCUAAACUCCCCCAUGCAACUCUUUUCAAACCACAACAUCCUUACGAUAGUUGUCUGCGGGAGACUUUUAAAGAUUUUCCUAUAGAGAAUGUGAACCUUCUCGAGACACUUCUUUCAGUGGAACCAUAUAAACGGGGGACAGCCUCCUUAGCCCUUGCAUCUGAGUAUUUCUCAACAAAGCCUUACGCAUGUGAUCCAUCAAGCUUUCCAGUAUACCCACCUAGCAAAGAGAUCGAUGCUAAAAACAGGGAGGAAGCUAAGAGAAAGAAGAGCAGUGGGAGAGUUCGGGGGACGGAAACAAGGAAGCCGACAAGGAAACCUUUGGGAACAAGUAAAUUGGCACCAUCGGAGGACUCUGUAACUCUGUCGCGAGACUCACGUAAAAGCAAUGGUUGUAAUCUACAUGUUCAUAAGGAAGAAAAUGGUAAAUUAGAUGGGGAUGCACCAAAGCCAUCAGUUGAUAAAGAAGAAGAGGUCUUGCAUGUGAAGAAUGCAUCUCAAGGAGACAUUCCAUUUUCUGGCCCAUUACAGGUUUCCACUUCAAGUGGCUUUGCGUGGGCGAAAAGAAGGAAAGAUGAAGCUUCAAUAAGAUCACAUACUCGAUCUAUUUCGAGAGGACACAUUUUCAAUCCAGUAGAGCCUUCAAUUGCAGUGAAUACAAAGAAUAGUUUAGAUUUGAAAACACAUGAAAAUGGAGAUGUUAUGCAUAGGGGACGCGCUGAAUCUAGAGGCCAUGACUCAUAUGAGAUUGCUAAGCUUGCCAUCCAGAACCACUGGGGCAAGUUUGAACGUCCAGAUUCAUUUGACGCUUCUGAUGUUUACCACUCACAGGAAUUAUCUUUGGCACUUUACCAGAGAGAGGAACUUGGACCCACUAAAAGUGAUCUGGGUUUUCAGGAUCAAGGUGAGAAAGUUGAAUUUUCUGGACCCUUAUUAUCACAGUCACACAGAAUUGAUGAACUCUUAGAGAGACAUGAACGGCAAAUCCGACGGGCAGUUCGGAAAUCAUGGUUCCAUAGAGUUCCAGGUAAGAAGCUGGUGAAGUAGUUUGUUCGAUAGGCUUGGUCCGUUGAAGAAAUUGAUUAGGAGGGUAAAGCAGAGAGCUAUGUAUACAAAAUGGAUCCUUUUAUAUGGUCAUAACAAUCUGGAAAAUGCUUUCUCAGGAGUACGCAUCCUAUUCCCAUCCUAUAGUAAUAGUUAACAAAAUAACUAGUUAAAAUCUCAAGUUCAAACCCAGUGCUUAGAAGAAGAGAAGCAAGUCCUGGGAAGGAAAGGGCAAAGAUCAAGUCAGAUAUUUCGGUCACUGUCAAUUAUUCAUGUUGGCUUUCUUUAUUUCACUACGUAUUUUAGUAUCAUCAUCAUCAUCAUCAUCAUUCGGCAUUGUACAGAUCAAUGAUAAAAAUAUAUUUUGACAGAGUGAGCAGGAAAAGGCCUUGUUGUAUAUGCUUCAAUUUAGUACAUUCGGAUAACAACUCCUCCAUUAACACCUAUAAAUUCAUUAAAGAUAAACAUAUUAGAUCAUUUCAAAA